GUGUACGCGUGUUUGUUAUAGUGCACGCGCGCGUGCUGUAGGUUUGUUGAUGCUGAGGGAGCCCCUCUUACAAUGUACAGAGGAAGCAAGAGACAACCUCCAACUUCCUCCGCCUCGACUCGACUCGCCUGACCGCCUUGAGGCUCCUGCACGCCGGGGAGGAGCGAGGCUCUCCGGACACACACACUCUCGAGCCCUCCGCCCUCCAUGAGGAUUGUUCCCGGUUGCUGCCUGCCUGGUGGAGCGAGCGAGAGUUUCGGGGGUUGCCGACGCCGGGCCUCGGCGGUGGCUUGCACCGGGUCGGCCUUUUCCCAUCACCGUCAACCCGGGAGACGGUUCGGUCGCGGAGAGGAGAAGGAGGAGGACUAGGAGGUGGGAGGAGGAGGAGGAGGAGGAGGAGCGGUCCUCGCAGCCGGCAUCGCCCCGAGGUAGCAGCGCUGUCUGAAGGCUUUGGAUGAGCCGCCGUAGCCUCGGCAGUGAUGGCUGUUCUCAAACUGGCCGACCAGCCUCCUCUCAUCCAGGCCAUCUUCAGCGGAGAUCCAGAGGAGAUCCGAAUGCUCAUAUACAAGUCUGAAGACAUCAACGCUCUGGAUGCUGAGAAGCGCACUCCGCUUCACGCGGCGGCUUUCCUUCGCGAUGCCGAAAUCACUGAACUCCUCAUUCUUUCCGGCGCCCGUGUCAACGCCAAGGACAACAUGUGGCUCACCCCGCUGCAUCGCGCCGUGGCAUCACGCAGCGAGGAAGCAGUGCGAGUGUUGAUCCGCCACUCGGCCGACGUCAACGCCCGCGACAAGAACUGGCAGACGCCGCUCCAUGUGGCCGCUGCCAACAACGCUCUGCGCUGCGCCGAGAUCAUUAUCCCGAUGUUAAGCAGUGUGAACGUGUCGGACCGCGGUGGACGCACCGCUUUGCACCACGCUGCCCUCAAUGGCCACAUGGAGAUGGUGAAUCUCCUCCUUGCCAAAGGAGCCAACAUCAACGCUUUUGACAAGAAGGAUGGGCGAGCGCUGCACUGGGCAGCCUUUAUGGGUCAUUUGGAUGUGGUGUCUCUGUUGGUGAGUCAGGGGGCGGAGCUCUGCUGUAAGGACAAACGAGGGUACACGCCCCUGCACACGGCGGCAUCUAGUGGACAGAUGGCAGUGGUGAAGCAUCUGCUCAACCUCGCUGUGGAGAUCGAUGAGUCCAAUGCCUUCGGCAACACGCCGCUGCAUGUGGCGUGUUUCAACGGCCAGGACGCUGUCGUCAGCGAGCUCAUCGACUACGGCGCCAACGUCAGCCAGCCUAACAACAAAGGCUUCACGCCGCUGCACUUUGCGGCAGCUUCAACGCACGGAGCCCUCUGUCUGGAAUUUCUAGUUAACAACGGCGCCGACGUCAACGUGCAGAGUCGAGACGGGAAGAGUCCUCUCCACAUGACAGCAGUGCAUGGUCGCUUUACUCGCUCUCAGACUCUCAUCCAGAAUGGCGGAGAGAUCGACAGCGUGGACAAGGACGGCAACACGCCGCUGCACGUCGCUGCUCGCUAUGGCCACGAGCUGCUUAUCAACACGCUCAUUACCAGCGGAGCCGACUGUACCAGGCGAGGCGUCCACGGCAUGUUCCCCCUGCACAUGGCUGCCUUGAACGCUCACUCGGACUGCUGCCGCAAGUUGCUAUCCUCAGGCCGGAGAUUUAGCAUAAUGUGUAACGACUCGGUCCUGUGUGCAGGCUUUCAGAUUGACACCCCCGACAGUCAGGGAAGGACAUGCCUGCACGCCGCCGCCGCCGGAGGUAAUGUGGAGUGUGUCAAGCUGCUCCUGACGAGUGGCGGUGACCACAACAGGAGAGACAACUGCGGCAGGACUUCCCUGCACUAUGCUGCCGCCAGCCGACACUAUCAGUGUCUGGAGACGCUGGUGGUUUGCGGGACGGCAAUCAAUGCCACCGACAAGUGGGGGCGCUCCGCUCUGCAUUAUGCUGCAGCUUCCGACUUGGACAGAAGGCGACGUGUUGCUCUGGAGCCUGAAAGUGAAGGAGUUCAGGCAGAGAGGGAGAAAGAAGCAGCACUAUGUUUGGAAUUUCUGCUUCGGAGCGGAGCGACGGCCUCGCUCAAAGACAAAAAAGGAUACAGUCCUGUUCACUAUGCUGCAGCCUACGGACACAAACACUGCCUGGAGCUGCUCCUGGACAGAGAUGACGGUUACCAUGACGACCUUGAAUCUCCCAAUGCCAGGAGCCCCCUGCACCUCGCUGCGUACCACGGUCACUCCCAGGCCCUUGAGGUGCUCCUGCAGGGGGAGAGGGAGGUGGACCGGGUGGACGAAGCCGGACGCACCCCCCUGGCCAUGGCGGCGCUGAGGGGCCACGCCGACUGCGUUCACAUUCUCCUCGGGCAGGGGGCGUCGCCGCACACUUGUGACACACGGCACAGGCGCACCCCCGUACACUUGGCAGUGAUGAACGGCCAUACGACAUGUUUGCGCCUCCUGCUGGAUGAAUCGGGGAGCGCGGAGCUAGCUGACAUCGCCGACUGUCAGGGACAGACACCUCUGAUGCUCGCAGUGGCGGGAGGUCACGUCGACGCGGUCUCGUUGCUGCUUGAGCGGGAGGUGGAUGUCAACAUGGCCGACAAGCACGGCUUGACCGCGCUGCACCUCGGGCUACUAUGUGGCCAGGAGGAGUGCGUCCAGUGUCUGCUGGAGCAAGAGGCGUCCAUCUUGUUGGGCGAUGCUCAGGGUCGCACUGCCAUUCACCUCGCAGCGGCAAGAGGCCACGCCUCCUGGCUGAGCGAGCUGCUCGGCAUGACCUGCCCCGAGCUCGAUUCGCUGCCUCCACUCAGAGACCACCAAGGCUAUACGCCGCUGCACUGGGCCUGUUACCACGGUCACGAGGGCUGUGUGGAAGUUCUUCUGGAGCAGAAAGGUUGUCGCUGCAUUGAUGGGAACCCUUUCACGCCUCUGCACUGUGCUGUGGUGAAUGACCAUGAGGCUUGCGCAUCAUUGCUGCUGGAGGCAAUGGGAUCUGACAUCGCCGGCUGCAAGGAUGCUAAGGACAGGACACCUCUCCAUGCGGCGGCCUUCUCGGGUCACGUAGACUGCGUCCAGCUGCUCCUUUCCCAUGACGCGCCAGUUGACGCUGUGGACCAAUUGGGUCGCACGGCGCUGAUGAUGGCGGCCGAGAAGGGUCGCGUCGGGGCCCUUGAGGUUCUGCUGAACAGCACCAACAACUGCCUCCAUUACACCGACAAAGACAGCAACACUGCCCUGCAUCUAGCGUGUAAAAAUGGAAAGGAAGACUGUGUCCUGCUUAUUCUGGAGAAGUUACCCGAUUCUGCACAAAUAAACGCCACAAACGCUGCGCUACAAACGCCUCUCCACUUGGCGGCUCGGAGUGGACUAAAACAGGCAGUCCAGCAGCUUCUGUCCGGAGGAGCCAACAUUCAGACGGUGGACGAAAAUGGUUUGACCCCCGCUCUGGCUUGCGCGCCCAGCCGCGAGGUGGCCGACUGCCUGGCGCUCAUUCUGGCUACCAUGAUGCCUUUCUGCUCCCCUUGCAGCUCCGGCGCCCCCUCCCCUGGCGCCCUACUGAGGCUGCUGCCCCCUAAGGUGCACAAAGACCUUGCCGCGGCCGCCGCCCCACGGGACCCGCGCCGCGCCAGGAAUCCCUCCGGACCUUCCAGUGAGGGCACCACAGAGAAUGACUCUGAGGAUUCGGAAACUUUCUGACCCUUGCCGGUCAGCGGAAUUCUUCUCUUUGCCCACUUUCCGAGAAGAAGAAGUUGAGGCGUGUCAUUUGCAUGUUGCAGUUUCUCCUUUCUACACACGGGUGCUCAAAUCCAAAUUGACCUCGGUACUCGGCCUCGGGGCGGUGGCACGACUCGCCUCCCGGUCAGUUCUGUCUUUACAAGCGAGAAGAAGCCAUUUUUGAUGGUCUUUAUUUUGUACAAAACAAAGUGAAAAGGUCAAUGUGAUUUUAGCUGUUUUGAUAUUUUUGUUUCAUGUGCUAAAUAAUCAGCUUUUUACACAAUAAUCAUCAUAAUGUUGAUACUUAAUAUUCACUGGAAAGAUGUGGCGUAGGCACUGGGUCCAUUAAUGUUUUAAUACAAAAGGAGGCUUAGUCGACUCGUUCCUUGAAACAAAAAUCUGAGUGGUUAUAAUAUUUCAAAACACAGAAAAGGUGGUGGUCAUUUUCCAAGAAUAUUUGUUACGCAACAUGUUGUUGUAGUAUACCAAAUGUCACAAUUUCAUGACAAAGUUGAAGAUAAUGAAGAACGUCAAAAAUCACUUGCCAGAAGCAAGUCAGAACAGUUCAUCACUUUACAAGGUCAUGAAAUUAUGAGUAAAAAAAUUGCUAAUUUUGUUUUUAUUAGAAUCUACAAAGUCCUACUUUUACAGAAAGAAAAAUCAUAACUGUAAUUUUACAAACAUUUGAUUGGGAUUUAAAAAUUCACUCAAGUUGAAAUAUUACAACAAAAAAGCGAUCUUGAUUUUGCAAGAAUAAAUGUAAUUAUAGUGAGAAAGCUGUCAUUUAAAAGAAAAAAUCUUACGCCUAAAAGAACAAUGUCAUAAUUUUACAAAAAGUUGAAAAAUGAGCAUGUUAGAAAUCCCGAGAUGAAAAAUGGCGGAAAUAUUGUAACGAGUGUACGUUGCUUUUAUUUAUUUUAUUGUUACUUGAAGCACAAACGGUGACCGGUUGUGUCAGAAAGAUUCCCAAAAUGUGUGCACACUUUCUCGCUUCGACAUUUGCGAAUCAGGGUUAGCCGAGGUUAGCCUCUUGAAAAAAGACAAAAAUUUUGCCGAAAACAUUCCCGUUCAUCGCGCAGGUUCUCCUGACAUUAUUUCGAAAUGCAUUUCUAUUGACACGAUGGUACACACAAACUGCCAACACUUCAAUGGAAAGCCUCCGCGUGACUACCUACCAGCAAUGUGCCAUUAAAUGUGUGCCUUGAUGUCUGCUUUUUUUUUUUAAAUCAACAAUUUUUACUGGAAAAAAGAUAAAUAGUACAUAAACGUUAAAAUGUCACCCCAAUCACAACUAGCACAUUUCAUUGUCGUCAUUGAUGUGAUGGGUGUUGGGACUCUUACCAAGGAGCAUUAUGGACACACUCCAAAAAAAAAAAAAAA